AUGUUUGGUCGCAAGAACCGCGACGACAUUUCGCCCGAUGCCAGGGUCCCUUCCGAGGAGACGGACCGCACCUUGACUCCGGGCAUUGACGGUCCCUCAAAGGCUCAGCUCAAGAGAGCAACUCGCACUCGUAUGACCUGGGCUUUGAUCUCGUCUUUCCUCCUCCUCUUGACCGUCAUCUUCUUGAUCCUCGUCGAGAUCGGCUGCACUAGCACUGGAAGCGUUAGGACCAGCAUCUACUUCAUCAACAUCAACCUAACCAACAUCUUCCCCGAGUCUGUUCCCGAUGCUGCCAUCAUCAACUCCAUUGCCCAGACUAUCGGUCUGCACGACUUCUACCGCGUGGGUCUUUGGGGUUUCUGCCAGGGUUACAAUGGUCAAGGCGUCACCAGUUGCUCCAAACCUGAGACUCUCUACUGGUUCAACCCUGUGCAAAUCAUCGUCAGCCAGUUGCUAUCUGGCGCAACUCUCGCACUACCUACGGAUCUUACCGAUAUCCUCGGCCUUAUCAGAGUUGUCUCGCACUGGAUGUUCGGUCUCUUCCUCGCAGGUGCCUGCUUGUCCUUUGUCAUGAUCAUCUUGAACCCACUGGCCGUCUUCUCUCGCUGGCUCACCCUGUUCACUGGUAUCUUCACCUUCUUGGCCGCGCUGUUCACCACCGUCGCUACCGUCAUCGCAACUGUCAUGUUCAUCAUCAUGCAAAACGCAUUCACCUCGGUCGACGAGCUCAACAUUGGCGCAGAACUCGGCAUCAAGAUGUUCGUCUUCAUGUGGAUUGCAGCAGGCACUUCGAUUCUGGCCUGGUUGAUCCAGACUAGUCUGUGCUGCUGCUGUGCCAGCAGAAGAGACGUCAAGAAGGGAAAGAAGACUGGAAGCAAGAAGGCCUGGCAAACCGAGACACCCGGCGUCAGCGAGAAGGAGUCGAGACGCGGCGUCUUUGGCCGCAAGUAG